AUGAAAGUAAAAUUAGUUGAGAAAUUAUCUAAGAGAUUUGGAACUAGAUUAUUUUCAACACAACCAAUGACAAAUGGAUUACAAGCUAAUGAAGGAUUGUAUGAUAGAACGGCAAGACCGUUAGAAAAUUUAGUACUGGAUAACACAGUCACAACCUAUUCUGAAGGCUUAAAAUCAUGCCGAAUUUUUGAUAAUCCGAACAUUAUACGAGUUAUUAAAAAAGAUAAAGAAGGAUUUUUCGAUAGAUUAUACAGGUACAAAUUACUUAAUUAUAUAUUUAUGUUAAUGUGGUAUAGAUAUUUGGAUAUUGGAGGAUUACUUACUAUUGUAAAUAGUAGAAAGGCACAUUUAUUGAGAGUUCCACCAGAAGGUAGAAUAAGUCUCAUGCUUUUAACAGAGUUUGAACGUAAACAGGGUAUAUUCAUCAACUUUUUCUUUUCAUUCUUACUCACUUAUAUUUGCUUCUGUUACAUUAGGCAUAAAAUACACAUUUAUGACCGAAGACCAAGUCCGGAUACUCCAAUCUAUGAAUUCACUAAUAACCGUACAAGGGACUUUACUUGGCAUGGAAGUUUCCCAUUCCAAUACCCUAAAGGACGUUGUAAAGAGUGCCGUUGGCUUGAACUAGAGUGUAAAAAAAGAUGUUAUGAUGAUUUAUUAAGACAAGGACAUAAAUUCAUAAUACACAAUCCAAUGCAAAUACCAAGAAGAACAUUAUUACCAUCUCCAUACCCACCCAUUGAAUAA